AGAGAGAGAGAGAGAGAGAGAGAGAGAGAGAGAGAGAGAGAAAGGUGAUGCUGAAAGCGAGAGAGGAGUGAGUUAAAGAGAAAGAAAAGAAAUAAAGUGAGACAGACAGACAGAUAGAGACAGUGGGACACACUCAUACGAGAAUGUUAAUCUGGAUGUUGGUUGCGUUGCUGAUAUUCAUGUUUAUGUUCUUUUUCUAUAACUCACUCAAAAAGCCCUAUUACAUCAUGACUCCGGUAAUGCAUGUGACAACGGGAUCUUCACCUUCUACACCUGAUAUAUGUAAGCGACCGAAGUGUUUUAUAAGGACGUAUCCGAAAGAAGAGAAAGUUAUUUUUCGAGAGUUUACGGGCUCUUCUACUCCACGUUAUUUAUUUGAAGAAAAUAGAAAUUCGAAUCUGAAGUUUUACUUCAACAAACAACCGUCACUUCCCAAUGGUGCCUAUAUAGAAGUAAUUUUGGAAUCUUGGGCUGAAGAUUUUGAAAUACUCCAGCACCAUAAUGGGUACAUACAAUGGUUGUUUCCUCUCCCGAGAAGCAGCAAGACGAAUAUUUAUGCUCAGCCAUUAACAGAAGAAGAGAGAAGCAUCAUCAGCACUGAACCUAUUCUCAGAAGAAGAGUUUUGCAGGCUUUUAAAGUGAUGUUGACAUUCUAUGGUAUAGAAAUGGUUGGUCCGCAUCAUUUUGGUCAUUUUCCUAACUUCCGUGAAAGAUUUGAUAAUUUCCAAAGAUACCCAAACAACUUUAAACGGAUUACGAGAAUGGUAGAAUCUCUCAGAUAUCUGGAUUUCCAAGUACAAGCAGUGUUCUUCGUCAAAUUUCUCGCAGAUAUGGUUCGAUUUCAAUUACUACCAAAGGCCGAAGAAUCAAUAAACGAUUAUUGGAUUCCGCAACUGAGCAGGCGAGAGCAAUUUCAGUUGCAGAAUUUACUUGAUAACUGAAAUACUAAAAGACUAUCAACGACAGUAUGAAACACACCAUUGUUUUAAGCUGAGUAACGCUUCGUCAAUAUGCAGAAAUACAUAAUUCUAGAACAUAUGUGAAAGAGAGGUCGGUUACAGUUCAUAGUAAAAGAAAGGUACGCAAUUACACGAAAUAACGAGGUUGUAUAGUAUAAUUUAAUGACGAUCAUACUAAACGAACAUUCAUACAUGUCUUCAAGAUUUGCGUAAGGUCGAAAGACUUACGCUCGUCAGAUGUUUGGAACUUAUGUUGAACAAGAUAAAGAUGGCUGCUGAGGAAGUAUUGUGCACAAAGCCUUUCAGUAAAGUAAAUAAAAGAUUUUUUAUCAAAAAAGGAAAGCAAAAUUGUAAUUAAGUGUUUAUAGCGUUGGUACUGUAACUCAUGGUUGAUGAUCAAAGAGUUAUUUCCCUGGCAAGAAGAAAGGCCAUGCUGAAGAUUAAAAGCAGAAAAGCAGAAGACGAACAGGAAAACAGACAUAUGAGUAAAGCGGGUGGGGAUGGAGGAGAGAGAAUAAGUGAGAGAGAGAGAGGGAGAAAGAGAGUUGGUGGCCUAGUUGAGGAACCUAUAUUAGUAUAUUAAAGGUGUAAGGCGGCUAGCUAGCAGAACUGUUAACAGGCCGGGCAAAAUGUGCAGCGGUAUUUCGUCGACCUUGCCUAUCGUCCUUCUGGGGUUGAUAAAAUAAGUACCAGUCGAACAUAGGGGUCGAUGUAAUCGACUCUCCCCCUCCUCCGAAAUUGAAACCAAUAUAUUAGUGCCAAAAUUUGAAACCAAUAUAUUGAAGGUGUAACUUUGCUUAUGAAUUUAAAUAUCUGCAUUUAUACUUCACAUAAUCGCUUCACCUGUGCAUUAGAAAUUUAAUUUAUAUUCUUAGAUGUGACCGAUGUCAUGACAAUUGCACGGGACAAACGGGAUUGACUUUAAUGGAAAAUGGCUGUUCAUCAACAAAUACGAAAUUCCAGAAAAGUACCCGGCAAAUAUUCAUUAGUAAACAUUUGGACUAAUGUGCAGCUAAUAAAUUCACCAAAAUAUCAAGGUCUUGUUUUUCGCUAAAUUGAUGUACUACUGAACAAGUACGGUGAAUAAAACGUGUUUUAUGAUGAAAAACAAACUGGGUCGAAAUGGAAUAUGAUUAUUAUUUGGUUAGGACAACGUGAGAAAAUGGGAAAAUAUAGGAUUGAAAGACUUCAUUACAUCUUCCAAUUUAUAUUUAUUUUUAUAUAUUUACUACAUACGCAGUCAUAGAAAAGAAUAAUCAUGCGUCUAAAAACAACGUAUCAAAAGAAUAGAUUCUCUAAAAACUUGUGUAUAAUGGUUUAAGAGUUGAAAGUUUCCUCUCUGUUCUUUAUGUAACCUCAUUUACUUUGUAAAAUACAUGCGUAUCACAAAGUUGUGAAACCGGCUGGGUAAAUAAAAUAAAUUAAAAGAC